GGGCUGGAUGCGCGCGCACCCGGGGGGAGGCCGCUGCUGCCCGGAGCAGGAGGAGGGGGAGAGCGCGGCGGGCGGCAGCGGCGCCGGCGGCGACUCCGCCAUAGAGCAGGGGGGCCCGGGCAGCGCGCUCGCUCCGUCCCCGGUGAGCGGCGUGCGCAGGGAAGGCGCUCGGGGCGGUGGCCGGGGCCGGGGGCGGUGGAAGCAGGCGGGCCGGGGCGGCGGCGUCUGUGGCCGUGGCCGGGGCCGGGGCCGUGGCCGGGGACGGGGCCGGGGCCGGGGCCGGGGCCGCGGCCGUCCCCAGAGUGGCGGCAGCGGCCUUGGCGGCGACGGCGGCGGCGGCGGCGGCGGCGUCGUCAGCGGUGGCGGCGGCGCCCCCCGGCGGGAGCCGGUCCCUUUCCCGUCGGGGAGCGCGGGGCUGGGGCCCAGGGGACCCCGGGCCACGGAGAGCGGGAAGAGGAUGGAUUGCCCGGCGCUCCCCCCCGGAUGGAAGAAGGAGGAAGUGAUCCGAAAAUCUGGGCUCAGUGCCGGCAAGAGCGAUGUCUACUACUUCAGUCCAAGUGGUAAGAAGUUCAGAAGCAAACCUCAGCUGGCAAGGUAUCUGGGAAAUACUGUUGACCUCAGCAGUUUUGACUUCAGAACUGGAAAGAUGAUGCCUAGUAAAUUACAGAAGAAUAAACAGAGACUGCGGAAUGAUCCUCUUAACCAAAAUAAGGGUAAACCUGACUUGAAUACAACAUUGCCAAUUAGACAAACUGCAUCAAUUUUCAAACAACCAGUAACCAAAGUCACCAACCAUCCUAACAAUAAAGUGAAAUCAGAUCCACAACGAAUGAAUGAACAACCUCGUCAGCUUUUCUGGGAGAAGAGGCUACAAGGACUCAGUGCAUCAGAUGUAACAGAACAAAUUAUAAAAACCAUGGAACUACCUAAAGGUCUUCAAGGAGUUGGUCCAGGUAGUAAUGAUGACACCCUUUUAUCUGCUGUUGCCAGUGCUUUGCACACAAGCUCUACACCAAUCACAGGACAAGCCUCUGCUGCUGUGGAAAAGAACCCUGCUGUUUGGCUCAAUACAUCUCAACCCCUCUGCAAAGCUUUUAUUGUCACAGAUGAAGAUAUUAGGAAGCAGGAAGAGCGAGUCCAACAAGUGCGCAAGAAGUUAGAAGAAGCCCUGAUGGCAGACAUCCUGUCCCGAGCUGCCGAUACAGAAGAGAUGGAUAUUGAAAUGGACAGUGGAGAUGAAGCCUAAGAAUUUAAUCAGGUAACUUUCGACUGACUUUCCCCAAGAGAAAAUUUCUAGAAAUUGAAUGAAAACGUUUUCACUGGGUUUUGCCUGUAAGAAACAAUGUACCCGAGCACAUAGAGCUUUUGACUAGCACUAACCAAUGCCUUUUUAGAUGUAUUUUUGAUGUAUAUAUCUAUUAUUCAAAAAUGAUGUUUAUUUUGAGUCCUAGGACUUAAAAUCUGUCUUUUAUAAUAUCAAGCAGGACCCUUAAGAUGAAAUGAAGCUUUUGAUGCCAGGUGCAAUCUACUGGAAAUGUAGCACUUACAUGAAAUAUUUGUUUCCCCCACAGUUUUAAUAUAAACAGGUUAAGAGUACCAAAUAAAUUUCCCAAUUAAAGAUUAUUAAGACUUCACUGUAUAUAAACAGAUUUUUAUACUUUAUUGAAAGAGGAUACCUGUACAUUCUUCCAUCAUCACUGUAAAGACAAAUAAAUGAUUAUAUUCACAGA